CAACAACAGUUUUGCCACGUUCCCAAUUAUGAGAAAAUGGUAGCUUGGAGGGAGUAAAUACAAUCUUCCCACUGCUGUGACUUGACGGUAGGAGAAUACAUAGAGAGCACGUAAAAAGUUUCUCCAACAUCCAAAGACAGAGAUGACAAAAAUUAAGCAAGUUGAAAGGACUGCGAAUAUAGCAUGGAGCCCAGCAAAGCAACAUCCAAUUUAUUUGGCUGCUGGUACUGCUGCUCAACAGUUAGAUGCUACUUUCAGCACUACUGCUGCCUUGGAAAUUUUUCAUGUGGAUUUUGCCAACAGUGAUCUGGAGAUGUCAGUUGCUGGCUCUCUCCAAUGUAGCCAAAGGCUUCACAAAGUUAUCUGGGGCAGCCAUGGGAUUCAAUCAAAUGAGCAUGAAUCUGGAAUAAUUAUUGGUGGCACUGACAAUGGACAUAUAUAUGUUUAUGAUGCAGCAAAGAUAAUUGCUGGGGAAGACGAUAAUGCCCUUAUUUAUCAGUUGGAUAAGCACACAGGUCCUGUCCAAGCAUUAGAUCUAAACAAUUUUCAAGAGAACUUGCUGGCUUCAGGUGCUAAUGACUCUGAAAUAUACAUUUGGGAUUUGAAGAAACCAGAAAGCCCUCUUACACCAGGGGCGAAGAGCACACCUUUAGAUAACAUUAGCUGCGUACACUGGAACAAACAGGUGCAGCACAUAAUGGCAUCAUCGUCUCCAUCUGGACGAGUGGUAGUAUGGGAUUUGAGGAAAAGCGAGCCAAUUAUUAAGGUUGGGGAUACUUCAGCCAUGUUGCAUUGUAAAUCGAUGGCUUGGCAUCCAGAAGUUGCAACUCAAAUGGUCAUUGGAAAUGAGGAUGAUAGGUAUCCUGUUAUACAGCUUUGGGAUUUAAGGUUUGCUACUUCACCAAUGAAAGUCAUGGAAGGGCAUCAAAGAGGUAUCCUUUCACUAGAUUGGUGUCCACAAGACCCAGACCUCUUGAUGAGCUGUGCAAAGGACAACCGUAUCCUUUGUUGGAACCCAAACACCAGUGCACAAAACGGAGAGAUAAUAUAUGAAUUACCAACGACAUCACAGUGGUGUUUUGAAGUCAGUUGGUGUCCAAGAAAUCCAGGUGUGAUCUCAACUGCAUCGUUUGAUGGUCAUGUUACCGUCAGUUCUGUUAUGGGAAGCGGCGCAGCCUCAUCAAACGUUCCAGACAAGGUUGCUAGCUCAUUUGGUGGGGAUGCAUUUGCAGGCCAAGCUCAAGUAGCAAGUCAACAACCAGCUGCUGAACCUUUAAAGAAGCCACCGAGGUGGAUGAGAAGGCCCUGCGGUGCAAAUUUUGCCUUUGGUGGAAAACUUGUCUCUUUCGGCAACUUCCCAGAUUCCCCUGCAAAACAGAUAAACAUCAGUCAAGUUGUCACAGAAGGUGAUUUUUUAAAACGCUCUGGCGAUCUUGAAAGUGCGCUUCUCUCCGAAAAUCUUGUUGAGUUCUGCGAUAAAAAGGUCGUAGAUUGCGAGGGCGAAACAGAACGGACUUUAUGGAGCUUUUUGAAGGUAAACUUUGACAAAGAACCAAGACUUCGGUUUUUGGAUCUGCUCGGAUAUCAUCCUCAAGAACUCUCAAACAAGAUUUCAAGCUUGUCAUUGAGUGGAAAAAGUCUUUCUUCGUCAUCUGGGUUGGCAGGCGUUGAUGCCGACGAAUUGGCCAGCAAAAUGCAGCUGUUGAAUGCAGGGGAUACAGGUCAAGUCAAAAGUGAAGGAGGCUUGCUCAGUAGUGGGACUAUAUCUCCGGCUCCAGGAUCAAAAACACCGGCCUCUGACACUGAAGGAGCUUCCGCAUUCGAUUUGAUUGGAAACACCAGUAUAGACACGUCAUUUAGUCACAGUACUUCAAUGAUCGAUGACCCAGGUCGUCCAGUGUCACCGCUCAUCAUAGCUGUGGAUGAAGAUACAGACGGGCUGGUUAGCCAAGCCUUGCUAGUAGGAAACUUCGAAGGAGCUGUCGACCUUUGCUUCAAAGCGGAUAGGAUGGCAGAAGCGCUGAUACUGGCCGUGGCAGGGGGGCCAGAGCUGUUUGCAAGAACCCAGAAGAGGUACCUAGACCAAGCAAGGAGCUCAAUUUCAAAGCUGAUAACUUGCGUGGUUGGUCGCGACUGGCGAUCAGUAGUUGAGACGUGUGCAAUUGAGAACUGGAAAGAGGCUCUCGCUACUUUGGUGACCUAUGGCCGCGCACAGGAAUUCUUUGAGCUUUGUGAUCUUCUUGGUCAAAGAUUGGAAGUCGAGGCUCAAAAUUACACUUCAGCUAUGAUCUGCUACAUUUGUUCUGGAAACAUCGAAAGGCUUGUUUCGUGUUGGUCCAAAACAGUGCCAAGGGAACCAGCUCCAUUAAUGUUGCAGGAUCUGAUUGAAAAAGUCAUGGUCCUCAAGAAGGCUGUAGAACGAGAAAAGAAGCAAAAUGCCGCUGUUCCAAACACAUUAUUAGCCGAGCAAUUAAGCAAAUACGGCAAUAUCCUGGCAUCUCAAGGGAGCUACGAAACAGCAAUGGUCUACUUGUCAACAAUCAGUGACCAGGGUGUAGCCAUGCUGAAAGACAGGUUGCUGCAGGCUCAAGGACAGAGGGUCAGCGAUUCCCAGCUGCCAUUUGAAAAAGUAAACGUGAGAACCACUCCUGCACCGAAACCACAGCAACCCCAGCAGAAACAGACUGCAUCGUAUGGACAGCCAGCUGGAAUUCCGAUACAGGCAAAUGUUUCCAGUUACCAAACCAAUGUUUCUCCGGUCGGACAGUACCCAGGGAUAUCACAGCCACCGUUUCAGAACCAGUAUGGAUACCACCAAGCACUGACGCCAGCUGUCAGCCAGUAUCAAGCGGAUCCGGGGUACGGAAUGCCGCCCCCAGCCCAAACUGGCCCACUUCCUACAUAUGAUCCGAGCGGCUCACAGUCAUUCAUGUCUAUGAAAGCAAUGAAGCAGGAAACGCACCCUCCAGCCUCGCAACCGCAACCGCAGCCGCCAAUGAACAUCUUCAACCCUGCAGCUGUGCAGCCAAGCCACAAUCAGCCAUCACCAGGACCUCAAACGCCGCCAGGUACUUUUGUUCCUGGCCAAACAAUUGUCAAUGAGCAAAAACCUCAUAUGCCCGAGCCAGAGCCGGAAAAGCAAGAAAUACCAAGGGCGCCAAUUCCUGCAGAACAUAUGGUGUUGCAGCAAACCUUUAAUGCCUUGCUAGAUCGCUGCAGAUCAGCUGCCAAUAAUCCUCAAACCAAACGAAAAUUAGAAGAAGUCAACAGAAGGGUGGAGUCACUUUACGAUAUGCUCCGAAGCAGCAAGCUUUCACAGAACGUGCUUGGCGGACUUCAUCAGAUUUCUCAAGCUUGCGAGCAGAUGAAUUAUCAGCAGGGAAUUCAAAUACACACUGAAAUGGUGGUUAGAGGAAACUUUUCAGAGAUUGGCAGUUUUAUGCCUGGAUUAAAGACCCUUAUGCAAAUUGCCACCCAAUUAAGAGUAUAAAAUAAUUCAUUUAAGAUUUAGGGCUUAUUGCAAGCAUGUCCCAGUGACAAACAGGUUCCAUUUGAGAAUUUCAUUUCCUUCUUCGUUGACGGCACUUUCUAAACCGUGCCUCGCUUUGGAAUAUUAAUCCCCUCCUAUGGCAACACUGUUAUUCUGUUGCACAAAAUGAAUACAAUUGACUAGCCCCAUUUCUUCUCUGGCAGUUGUUUACAGGGUAUGAUAUCUUGUAACUCUUGAUAACGUAAAAUGUUCACUCGAAUUAAGUUUUCACCUUUUCGAUGUUAAUGAAUUUUAACGGCGUAUAAAUCAAUUAGAUAUUUGGAUUUAUUUCUCAUUGAAAUUUGAAUCAUGAAACAAA